ACCCUCAACUCCCAAAUCUACAUGUUCGACGCGAAAACCAUGUCCUGGAUCGAUACAUACAAACCCUCCUCCUCCCGCCUCAAACAAGAAACCAUCACCUCUCUCGACUCGGUGACGAAAUCGUCAGGAACGUCGAGUACCACAAAGGCUGCUGCUGCGUCGGUUUCGGUAUUGGCGGUUUUGGCUGCGGCGGGCGCGGGGGUGAUUAUGGUCAUUAGGAGACGGAGGAGGAGGGAGUUGUACAGGAAGAGUGUGUUGGCGCAGAACAAGCCAUACUUCUUUGGUCAGCCGCCUGCGCCUCCCAAAAGAUCCCGUACGGCUCGUAUUCUCCGGAAUUUCUUGGCGAGAAAUGGGAGUAUGGAUCAUUUGCCGAAUACGUGGAGUCCGAAACCGCCUUCGUUGAACAUGAUCAUGGAGCAGACUGGAAC